AUGGAUCGUCUACCUGCCCUGGGCACUGAUAUCAAAGACGUGCUUUCGCCGACUAUGCAAAUCUAUACAGAACUGCUUCAGCAGAACGCUCCCGCGAUACAUUCCGUCUCCAAAGAGAGAGAGACCCAUCAAUACGGCCAACAUCCGAGACAAAACCUCGAUCUUUAUAAGCCAAAGGAAAACUCAGUUAACUCCCCGGUGAUCCUUUGGGCACAUGGUGGCGGUCUUGUUGCGGGAGACAAGAAUCUCCCCAUCCCCGGAGAUCUGGUCUACUCCAACGCUGGCUACUUCUUCGCAUCUCGUGGUUUCACAACGGUAGUAAUCAACUAUCGACUUGUCAACACCCACGAUGCCAAGUUCCCAUCGGGAGGGGAGGACAUUGCAGCAGCGAUCGAGUGGAUCACAGAGCACUUCCAGGGACAGAAAAGAGAUCUCUUCGGACUGGGAAACUCUGCCGGCGGUAUCCACUGGUCGACUUUCCUCUUUCACCCUGCGUUUCAAAGCACUCUGAAUAAGGUUACGAUAGGUGAUGGUGUACGUCUCAGAGGUGUGACUCUGCUGUCUGUGCCCUUUGACUUUUCCAAAGCUGCGCCAGAUCGCGCGGACGUACUGCAUUCAUACUACGGUGACGGUCUGGCUCAGAAAUGCCCUUAUGGCUUGAUGUAUCUGGCAGAUGACUCGGUCUGGGAGCCUUUGGAGAGAGGUAAGGUUCAGAUACACGUAGGAAGUGUCUCAUUGGAUCCCGAGGAUGAGAUCCUCUCCCCCGUGCGAUGUUUCAUAUCCACAUGGAGGAACAAGAGAUCUUCUUCCCCAGCACCGGGUCUUGUUGUUUCGACAUGGGGAGGCCAUAAUCACAUUAGUCCUUUCCUUGCGUUGGGUACAGAUAUUGCAAGGGAGGAAUCGUGGGGGAACGAUCUCGUGGAAUGGAUGAGAGGGGAGAUUGAAGGAUCAGCAAAUUAG